AUGGGUUGCUGGGAUUGGGUGCCGAACGAACUGCUUUUUUCGAUAUUAAAUGACACUUCUCUCAAGUAUCACCCCAAAAGCGAACAACAUUGGGGUCGCGUAAAUCGCCAAUGGUACUAUGUGUUUCAAGAAAGUAAAUACAGACAUCUUGAAAUGAAAAAAGUGGAUUCAAAUGAAAGAAUAUUCAACAAUAUACUUUACUCGUCUUUCCAGCCUGGGCUUGUCGUGGAUACAUUGAGCAUUGCAGAACUUGAUAGACAUGAAGAAAUGAACAGAUCUAUAAGUCCACUCAAGGUGAUAAUGUUGAAAUGCCCCAAUCUUUUACAUUUACUCGAAGAAAAUCAUGUAUGGACAAAGUUGAAGCACCUGGAACCUCCGGUCAAUUCAAGCAUAUACUACAAAUACUAUCGCUGUGCCUUAUAUUUUAAGGAUACACUCGAGAAGCUUUCUCUUCGAGCUGAUAUGAUGUAUGUAGUAGAUGAUAUGUUGAAGACAUUUACGGCAUUAAGGUGUUUAACGAUUGAUAAAAACAUGUAUGACGAUGUUCAAAAAUGUGAUUUCAUAUUCAAGGCUUUGCCUACAAUUAGAAGUCUUCGCAUUGAUUUUUCCGACUGUAAUGUAGAUAUUUCCAAAACAAAAAGGGAGUCUAAUGCCAAUUUAUUCAAUCGUAUACAAGAAUUGGAAUUGAUUGGGUAUACACCAUUUCAUGACAAAGACCUUAUGCAACUAAAGGCUGAAUUCCGGACAAUCAAAAAAUUAACAAUAUUACCUACGCCCGGCAUUAAAACAAUGAUCGAUUGGCCCUUAACUGAAAAUAUUGAUAGUGUAAUUGCAUUCAAGUUCUUUAUUAGAUAUAUUCAUCAGAUACCGUCUGUAGAACUGCUGCUUAAAAUAGAGAACCUUGGAUGGGCGCUCAAAGAGUUUUUUGAGUAUUACGAUAAUAUAUCUGGACAAGGGAAAGUUGAUUCAUCGCUCAAAGUUGUGUUUUCUGAAAAUACGAGAUUGUCAAAUAGGAUUCAUAUCAAAAUCAACAAAAGGAACAUAGUGAUUACUGUUAUGUUCAAAGAGAUGAUAGAUGACGAUACAUCUGGUCUCUGGAAUCAAACCAGUCAAAAUGUCGAUAAAGUGAAGCUUGAAAUGCAGCACCAACUUUCGAAUACAGAAACCCCUCUAAAUACCAUCCUUUCUAAUUACAAAAACUUGCGUCAGUUGACUAUCUAUCGCGGAGUACUCAUAAAUUCUUUGUCUGUACCUGUGCUAAAGCAAUCCGUUGAACAUCUCGUUUUUCAUGACACCCUUUGUCAUCAUGAUUAUUUUCUGGCCAUGUCUAAUGCUUUUCCGUAUUUAAAAAGUAUUCAUUUUGAGGAUUGUUAUUUUCCAUAUGAUAGCCCAAAACCCCAUCUUGAUGCCAUCACUAUGUUAGAAACAACCGUAGACACAUUUGAAUACACCUAUAAUCAUUCAGACCAUUGCCCAACGUAUACUUUACUCUCGGUCUGCUCAGUAGACGAGCAUUUUCAAAAGUUCUUUUUAGAUGUAGGGACAUCAAAGGCCAUGAUUGAAAUUCCGCAAGAGAUGUUUUUGAAUAUGGUGGAACAUCCAGGUACUGUUAAAGAUCCCAUGGGGUGUCGUGAAACCGAGGUACUUUAUAUCAAAUUAAAGUCAGUUAAGCAAUUUGUAUUCAAUAAGAAAAAUUCUCUUAGAAGCAAGAAAUCUUUUGUUUGUAAUGUAGCUUCUAUAAUAUCACUCUCUAUUAAAUAA